GGGGAUUCAUCAUGUCUUCCAUGCGCAAUGCCGUCCAGCGGCGCAACCACCGCGAGCGUGGUCAGCUCGAAGGUCGUGAGAAAUGGGGUAUUCUUGAAAAGCACAAGGACUACUCCCUCCGCGCGAAAGACUACAACACGAAGAAAGAAAAGAUCAAGCGUCUACAAGAAAAAGUCCGCGACCGCAACCCCGAUGAGUUCGCCUUCGGUAUGAUGUCGAAUUCGUCCGCUCGGCAAGGCAAACACGGCGCCGCAGGAAAUCGCGACUCGGCUGCUGCGCGCGGUCUCAGUCACGACGCUAUCAAGUUGCUCAAGACGCAGGAUGCGGGGUACCUGCGGACAGUCGGGGAGCGGAUCCGACGACAGAUGGAGAAGUUGGAGGAGGAGGUGCGGUUGCAGGAUGGGAUGAAGGAGAUUCUUGAUGGUGAGGGUGCGGAGGAUAAGAAGAAGGAGGAGGUGGUGGACGACGAUGAUGAUAUGGACUUUGAUUUUGAUUUCGGGGAUGAUGAUGAGGUGGACCAGAAGAAGAAUAAGAAGAGCAGGAAGUUGGUGUUUGCGGAUGAUCGGAAGGAGCAGAGAGUGUUGAAGAAGAAGAAGUUACGGGAGGAAGAUGACGAUGACGAUGAGGAUGAGGAGGACGAGGAUAAUUCGUUUGGGAAGCAGAUGAUGAAGAAGUCGAGGAAGCAGUUGGAGGCGGAGAGACAGGCGCUUGUGGAGGCUCGUCGGGCUCGCAAGAUGAGGAAGCGUGCGGCGGAGGCGCGGGUCAACAAGCUCAAGGCGCUGCAGAAGCAGUAUAAAGAGAUUACGGCCGCGGAGCGCGAGCUGGAUUGGCAGCGUGGUCGGAUGGAUAAUGUGGUGGGUGGCACAAAUAAGAAUGGUGUCAAGUGGAAGAUUCGUGAGCGGAAGAAGUGAUUUAUUGUUCCUUUCAUUUGGUUUGUGGUUUGUUUAUUGUCCAUACUGCUACGGCAUGAUUAUGAUUCCGCGUUGCAUCGGUGGUGGGAAAAGUUCCGUGUCUACUAGAGGCGUUCGAGAUACCAUUAAUGUACAGUGAUCAUCAAGACCUUUUAUUGCUAU